GCGGGCGCUGUCCAGCGGCGGUGCCCGGCCGUCGGGGUGCGGGACUCACGAGGAGGGGCACCGGGCGGGUGACUGACUGCGGCGGGGCGGCCGAGCGAGCCCGCAGAGCUGUAGAUAUGUACGCGGGACGGAAGCGGAGGAAGCCGGUGCAGAGGAGUGUGAAGCCAGUGCUGGCUGAUGGAGUCAAAUCCAACCCUUCAAAGAGGCACCGCGACCGGUUAAACUCUGAGUUGGAGCGCCUGGCUGGCCUGCUCCCUUUUGCUGAAGAUGUGACCUCUAGUCUGGACAAGCUCUCUAUCCUCCGCCUGAGUGUCAGCUAUCUGCGGUCCAAAACUUUCUUCCGGGUUGCCUUCAAGAACCACAGCUGUAACAAGAUAGCUGGUGGAUAUGGUAACCAUGGCAACAGGAAGGUGCCUGGAUUGGUGGACGGGAUGCUGCCAGAGGGAGAGCUCUUGUUGCAGGCUCUGAACGGGUUUGUACUGGUUGUCACAGCGGAUGGUCUUAUAUUCUAUGUUUCUCCGACAAUUCAGGAUUAUCUGGGAUUUCACCAGACCGAUGUCAUGCACCAGAGUGUAUUCGAGCUGAUUCACAUCGAAGACCAACAAGAAUUCCGCCGGAACCUUCACUGGGCCUUGAAUCCACCUGCCGUCACCGGGGCAGACAAAAACCCACGAGGUGAACAAGUUACCUCUCCAGCUGUAAUCUGCUACAGUCCUGAGCAGCUGCCACCUGAGAACACGUUCUUCGAGAGGAACUUUGUCUGUCGCCUUCGCUGCUUGUUGGACAAUUCGUCCGGUUUCUUGGCUCUCAACUUCCAGGGACGGCUGAGGUUCCUACAUGGACAAAACAAGAGAGCCGAGGAUGGCACUCCCAUCCCUCCGCAGCUGGCUCUCUUUGCCCUGGCAACUCCCCUCCAGCCCCCCUCCAUCCUGGAGGUCCGGACCAAGAACAUGAUCUUCAGAACCAAGCACAAAUUAGACUUCACUCCGCUUGCCUGUGACGCCAAGGGCAAGAUUGUUCUGGGAUACACAGAGGCCGAGCUCCGGGCACGAGGGACAGGAUACCAGUUCAUCCACGCUGCCGACAUGUUGCACUGUGCGGAAAAUCACGUUCGAAUGAUUAAAACCGGGGAGAGUGGCCUUACUGUAUUCCGACUCCUGACCAAAGACAACCGUUGGGCCUGGGUUCAAGCAAAUGCCAGACUGGUGUACAAAAAUGGAAAGCCAGAUUACAUCAUAGCAACACAGAGGCCUCUGGUCGACGAGGAGGGAGGGGAGGAGCUCCGCAAACGAGCCCAGCGCCUGCCGUUCAGCUUCGCCACCGGAGAGGCGGUGCUGUACCAGACGACAACGACAAUGACGUCCUCCUCCUCAAACCCGGGGCAGGCCGGCCCGCGGCAGGCGAGGGGGAGGGGCAGUGGAGGGAGAAGGAACGUCCUGGGCAGAGCCGCCGAGAAGGGGCAGAGGGCGGUGGAUCCCAGUUCCCUCCUGGGCGCCAUGAUGCAGCAGGAUGAGUCAGUAUACGUCUGCCACCCGGCCCCCGAGCCCAGGUGCGCUUAUGGCAGCGGUUCCUUCAGCGAAGCUGCCGGCACUGGGGGCACAGCGGGUCACCACUGGCAGCCGGGUCCCGGCGGCACGGCUGAGCUCAGCCAGCCGGAGGUGAGUGGCGGGCCGCUCGAUCCCUUGCUGGCCACUUUGGACUCUCUCAACCUGACCGGGGAGGACAACUGCUUGAACAGCGACUUGUUCAGUGCGCUGGAGAACCUGGGGCUCGGGGCAGACGACUUGGAGCUCCUCCUGUUCGACGAGCGGAUGGUGAGGGUGGAAACCAACCCCGACUGCGUUCCCUUGCCGAAUGAGGUCAUGGCAGACGGUGAGGUCCUGCCCUACAUCCACGACUCCAGAGCGACCAAAAAUGAACAGAGGGUCUCUGGGAACCAGCAGCCGUAUCCCUCGUCGGAUUUCUCCCAGGCCGGAAACGUGGACCCUGCGGCCUCGGGGGAGGAACCUGGGGCUUCCUCCCGGGACUUUCCCCGACACCAGCCUCCGCUGCCUUUGGACCCUCGGAUGUUGCUGCCUCAAGCUCCGUUGCAGCCCCAGCAGAACGACCGGCCUUGGGACCAACAUAUGCAGCGCUGCAGUGGAUCCCCGACUCGAGGGGAGCCUGCUCUGCCGCAGCUGAAAGUGCGCCUGCACACACAGUACCAGUUUGAACUGACAGCCGCUGAGCAGCUUCUGGUCAAUGGAGUGCAGUCCCACAGUCUGGCAAACCCCCAACUGAGAGACGGUCACCAGUGGCAAAACUAUGGUUGUCCACCUGCAGCUGAUGAGUCUGUUGCGUACAGGCUGGAUCACUUUGCCGGCUAUGGUAUUGGCCAAAACGUGGAUUCCUACCAGCAUUCUGGGCCGAUGUCUUCUGCCUUCCCUCCCACUGACCAGAGCACGGGUUAUCACGCGGGUGGGGCACCAUACGUGGAGUUGACAACGACCGGUGACGGCCGGUACCACAGCUUCCUCACCACCUCGUCCGCUUACCAGACUUUCCCACAGAAGCAGCCAGUCCAGGGAACCCCCCUCUACCAGUACCAGUCGUCCGAACCUUCCACCGACCCACUUGCAGACCUUUCUCUGGACGAGCUGCAGCCCAUGGUGGACCUGCAUGGAUUGUUUCCAUCAUCCGUAUCUCAGGACGAUUCCCAGAAGGGACAGAAGAACUGUGUUCCGAGCGCCAUCGAAGUGGUGUGUCCUGACGCCUGCAUCCAUCCCAGUGGAAACGUGGUGUCUUCGGACAAAAUGCUUCCCUACACGGAUGUUUUUGCAAACCCUACAACAACUGGCUAUUACAUUCAGUGACUUCCUGCCAGGUGGUCAGUGCAGGGUCUCCAUGAGGACUGCGUGCAACAGCAGAAGAUUUCUGAAGCAAACUAAAGUACUUCUGCUUUGAAGUAUUGUCCAUUUAAUCUCCUUGUUUACUUUGUUAAUGAGGGGAUGGGUUUACCGUUGAGUAUUUCCUUUGCUAAAAAAAUUCUUUCCAAGGUGCUAAAUAUGGGGGAGAAUGAGUUGGGAGAUUUCCAUGCAUACAAGAGUGCAGGCUGCAGUGUGAAUUGCCUUCCUUGUUGUGUAGCCUACCUUAUUUGUUGAUGAGUAUCAUUCCGAUUGACUGAAGAUGUGAAAGAUGGUUCUCAGCUUCUGCUGUCUCAGCUGCCAUGAGCUUGGCAAGGGGAAACAACCUCACUUCUGAUUGCUUCCCAGCUUCAAACCAGGUGGCAUCAGUUGUGGGAUGUUUCCUCCCCUUUGUAAGCAAGAUGCUUGUAGUCGAGUGAGUUUGUCUCCCAGCAAGAGUCGACCUUUAGGAAUGGAAGGGAGACUGUUUUAAGUCAGACCAAGAACAGUGCAUUGAUAUCUUCAGCAAGGAGAUAUCAGAGACGUCAUAUUUCACCUGUGACAAUAAGACAGUACAGUUUCACAAGUACUUGAAGUUUUUAAUUUGUGAUGUUCAGCUGUCUGUUGCUUCAAACUGACAUUUGGGAAAAGAAGCUAGUUGGACAAGAAUGCUUCUGGAAGAGAGCCUCAAGGUUGAAAUAUUGCAUGAAGCUGUGGUAGGACGCUGGAGAGCUUUGAUCUGUUCUGGGCAGGAAACUGCAGGUAAGAACAAUUGGCUUUGGAAGAAUUCCAGUGCAGGUUGAUCAGAAAGAUGCUGGGGCUUAAAUUGUUAGGUUCUGAGGACAACUUAUGCAGAACAGGCUUGUAUUCUGCUAAGGGACAGAAAAUUAAGGUGUGAUGUAAUCAAGAUCUUUAUGCAAAAUGAAGAUGUUGUUAGUGGUGAUACUGAGGAACUAUUUCUUCACGUGAGCAAAGCCGGUACAAUUGGAAGUAGACGCAUCAGGAUGAUGCAUCUUUUCACACAAUUUUCCUGGAAUCAUUUCCCUGGAAGCUGUUGAGAGCUUUCACAACUGAGACUGAUAAACCUUUCUUAGGCAAAGGGUUAUGGAUGUGGAGCAGGUCAAUAGAAUUGAGAUGUAGAUCAGCUGAGGUCUAACUGAGUGGCAGAGUGAUUCCUGUUUGUAAAGAGCAGGAAAGGAUAGAUCUAGUUCAGUCUUUGAUGCAUGCACCCAUGUACCUGAUAUGGACUGUGAGGGUGGAAGAGAUCGAACUGAACUAAAGCCCAAAUAUUUAAGAGAUCAGAAGGAGCUGAAUGGGACGAUAUUCUGUAGGGAAUAGUUAGGAUUGAGAUGACUGGGAAUGGAAAUGUUGGAUCAAAGGGUGGAUGCAGGCUGAGCUGACAUUCCAAGGAAGAUGAUGAAUGCUGUCUGGAUAGGGAGGAAUAUUUGGAAUAUUUUCUGCACCAGGGGCCAGUUGGUGAAAUAAAGAAGUCUUCCCAUUUAUCAGUGGACUUCUGACGGUCUUUAGGGAAAAGUUGUUUAUUCCCAGGAAUAUGGUAAUGGUUGUAACAAUUUCUGCCAGGAGGCAACUUGAUGUGUCAUCCCUCUAUCUCUGUAACCCCCUCCCACUCCUAAACUGCUCUGUAUCACUGUAAUCCCCUCCCACCCCUACAUACCUCUGUAUUUCUGUAACCCCUUCCAGCCUCUACACCCCUCCCUGUCUCUGUAACCCCUUCCCACACCUACACCUCUCUAUAUCUCUGUAACACCCCCCCUCCACCCCUCCCACCACCCA